GUGGAGUGAGCCCCAAUGGGAAAACCACCUGAAGCUGAACUUGCACACAGCGCUGGAAAUGGAGCAGGGAGAAGCUUUGAAAGGGUCUUUCUGCGUGGGUAUUGCUGCCUCUGCAACAUGGAUGCACAGCACAGCAAAAUGAACGGUGACCCUUUCCAGGAAUCUAUGUACAUUGAAGAGUCCUCAAAUAAAAAUGGUGUGAUUUCUUUGAUUUUCUCUCUGAAAGAAGAAGUCGGGGCAUUGGCUAAAGUUCUGCGUAUGUUUGAGGAAAAAGGUAUAAACCUGACCCACAUUGAGUCCCGACCCUCACGUCUCAACAAAGAUGAGUAUGAAUUCUUCAUUAACUUGGAAGGGAAGAAUGUUCCAGUGUUAGACAAGACCAUCAAGUCCUUAAGAAAUGAUAUCGGAGCAACAGUUCAUGAGCUUUCACGAACAAAGAAGAAGGACACUGUGCCAUGGUUCCCAAGAAGUAUCCAGGAACUGGACAGGUUUGCCAAUCAGAUCCUAAGCUAUGGAGCAGAAUUGGAUGCUGAUCAUCCUGGGUUCAAAGAUCCUGUGUAUCGUGCUCGGAGGAAGGAGUUUGCAGAUAUUGCCUACAACUACAGACAUGGCCAACCUAUUCCUCGAGUUACCUACACAGAAGAAGAAAAGAAAACAUGGGGCACUGUUUUCAGGGAGCUGAAGAGUCUCUAUCCAACUCACGCUUGUUAUGAACACAAUCACGUGUUCCCAUUGCUGGAGAAGUACUGUGGCUACCGGGAGGACAACAUUCCCCAGCUCGAAGAUAUUUCAAAAUUCUUGCAGACCUGCACUGGAUUUCGCCUACGUCCUGUUGCAGGGUUGCUCUCCUCUCGGGAUUUCUUGGCUGGGCUGGCAUUCCGAGUAUUUCACUCUACACAGUAUAUUCGCCAUGCAUCAAAACCCAUGUACACACCAGAGCCCGAUAUUUGCCAUGAGCUGCUUGGACAUGUGCCACUUUUUGCUGAUCCCAGUUUUGCUCAGUUUUCCCAGGAAAUUGGACUGGCAUCUCUGGGAGCUCCGGAUGAUUUCAUCGAGAAACUCGCUACGGUUUAUUGGUUUACGGUGGAGUUUGGACUAUGUAAGGAAGGCGAUUCACUCAAGGCAUAUGGUGCUGGGCUGCUGUCUUCAUUUGGGGAGCUGCAGUACUGUUUAUCAGGUAAGCCUGAGAUUCAGCCUCUUGUUCUGGAGAAGACUGCUGUGCAAAAGUACCCUGUUACUGAGUUCCAGCCGAUCUACUAUGUUGCUGAAAGUUUUAAAGAUGCAAAAGAAAAACUAAGGAAAUUUGCUCAAACGAUCCCUCGUCCUUUCUCUGUUCGAUACAAUCCCUACACUCAGAGGAUUGAAGUCUUGGACAAUGCAAAGCAGCUGAAGAACUUAGCCGACACUAUCAAUAGUGAGAUUGGGAUCCUUUGCAAUGCCCUUCAGAAGAUAAAAUGAAGAUUUGCUGCAACUUGCGAACCACUGGCUACUGACUAGAAGCAAAUGCCAGUCUUCAUCUAGUCUCAGUCUUUUAUAUUGCUGUGUAUUGCAUGAAUGCUUAUGUUACAUAUCUUAAUUACUCUAGAUUAGCAAAGAAAGACACACCUGCAGGUGACCCUUGACUCUUUUGGCCUUCAGAUACUAAUCUAUUUUUCUCAUGGAUGCAGAGAGUCACCUUAGAUCUGGGAAUCGGAGGAAAACUGUCAUAUCACUUAUGCCAAAGAUUAGGAGGAGAAAGAGAUCUCUACCAUGCAUAGCUACAGUCUGCUGCAGCUCUGAGGUUGUAUUACCACCUUAGGCCCAGGGACAGGAUCGUAAUCACUAACAGACUAAUCUACCUUGCUUUCUCUCACAGCCAUUCUGCCUUCAGCCCCUCACAUAUAUGCAAGGUUCCCACGGAGUCCCAAAUUCUACGCCUUUCAGGGGGUAUACAUGUACUACUUGGCCCUCUGUACCCCCACUUUUACACACGAGCACUUCUAUUCUGAUUUUUUUUCCCUAAAAAUGUGAUGUUGCCAUUGAUACAAAGCACAGAUGCUAGUGGAAAAAAGAAGACAUGCUGCAGCCUCAUUAACAAAGAAUUAUCACCGUGUAGAAUAUACUGUAUUCGCAGAAACAGCAAUUCCAAAAGGGUUUGUGCAAGUCAAGAAGUCAAGUAUGUUGUUGUGUGUCAUUGGUUGGCAGAGCAAAGUUCCUAAGCAAGGCAUUGAUACUGCCUGUCCAGGUUAUGGAGUCUGUGCCUCAAUACAGUACCCACAAAAAAGCCCCUUCAGAGAAGAGUUACCUAAAAGCAAACCUAUGACACUUUUUGCUGUUGGAUGUGAGGCCGGUUCGUCAAUACUUCGUGCAAGCAGGAAGCCAUGCAGAUGUUUUAACAAGGUAUCAAGGCCUUAUUAGUCCAGUCUGAGAUCUGCGCUGGCUGUAAAGUUAUGUAACAUCACAGAUUCAGAAUCAGCGAGCUUACAGAAAGGAGAUAUAUCUCUUAAUAGAUAUAAUCAGUUACUCACUGUAAAAGGCUUUGGUGUGAAGACUACCUUGUGUUGUGUAUGUCCUCAUCUGAGACUGCUUUAAUCAGCACUGUUACAAGGUGUCUCUUAACUUUCUGGACUCACAAUCGAGGAGGUGGAUACCAACACCUUUAAAAUGGAGAAGUCAUUCUUACAAUGCAGUGAAAGACAUCAAAGCCUUCCAACACCUAACUCGCUGUAUCUGUGGCUAGUGUCCCCACCAAAGCUGUGGAAGACCUGAGUUAGCUGUGUCUCAGUCUGAGUGCAUUCAAAACUAAACCUGGUAUCUUUCAAGACAGCUCCUAUGUCACUUUGGAGUCCUCUUCCUUCUCCCACUUGUGCUUUAAUCUCCCUUUUUUUUGUUAAAGCAGUUAUAUUCUUUCUGGAGUACAGUUCAGCUGAGGCAGCAAAUGGAAGCAAGGGUGCAUCCAGCAUAACCCAAAGACUGAUGGAGAGGGAAGAGCUUGGCUGUUCAGAAACCUGUUUCUAUAUUUUAUCCAAUAACUUUCACACAAAGCAGCUAAAUGCCCUUCUGGAGUGGCCCACAUUGUAUAAUGUGUCCCUGUAAUUCCCUAGUUGAAGAAGGAAGGAGAUCAGCACUUAUGCAUUGGAGCAGAAUGGAACAAAGUAAAGGAAAACAGUAUUUGCAGCUUGAAACAAUUCUGCAACAUGAUACUAUCAUGAUUCAUAAGACAUAUUUCUGUUAGAAGACCCAAAGAUGGAGAGGGAUUUGAAAGUCCACAAGUCUCAUACCUACUAUUGUACUACUCUUGUACUUACAGCUUGAAAAUCAAUGGAGCUUUAAUGUAGGCAUCAUCCUUUAGAAAGACAGGAAGUACAGCUGUUUCCAUUAUAUUUAUGGCGGGUAAUAACAUUAAUCUAAGCAUACCAGCUGGAACCCUUUUCAAUAGACAUAUACUUAUGCAAAAUGGUAUCAUUUUGGUGCUUUGAAGUAAGCUUUUUUAUCUCUAUAUCUUUUUUCUUCCUUUUUUUCUCAUGACAAUGUCUGUGCAAAUCUUUCAGUUUUGCCUGACGUGUAUUUUCAGUGUGAAAGUAGGCCAUAUUUUUCUAUUUUAAUAUUGUAAGACCCAUAAGGUAACUGUGUACCACAAAGAGACAAUUUCAUCUCAAGGGUAAAGUCUUUCAAACUAAUCCUUAGACAGCUUUCCAAGCUCCUCUGCUUCUGGCUGUUGUUAUGAGUGACAGUAGCGGUAAAUCUGUAGUGAUACUGAGAACCCAGGAUUCAUGGUUGUAUUUAUGUGCAGGUGGAAUGGUUGAAGAAUAUUGAUGCCACAUGUCUGAUCCUGUGUCCAUUAAUGCAGAUUUAAAUGAGCAAUAACCUCAGCCAAAGCAGCAUAACACAGCUGUUCAGCAAGACUGAGAGAUGAGAAAAAGUAAAAUACUCAGUGUUUUAAAAACAGAGGAAAUCUACUUAAAGUAGAUUUUCUGGCAGAACAAAUUAACUUCUGCAUAUGUGCUUUAAGUAGUACAAAUAACGUGUAUUUUUAAAAGUAUUUCUUAGUGGGUGACUUCUUAUUUCCAUGCUAAAGAAAAACUAAAACUGUGUAGCAAACUUACCAGUUUACCUAACUAGUGUAACUCCUCUGUAAGGUAACCCCACAGGUCGAUCAGUAUUACCCAAGCAGGGGGGAAGCCCAUUUGAGGUGGAUUCCAACUCAAAAAAGGCUGUCUUGCACUGGUUAAGUACCACUCAUCCAUAUAGAUAUAUAAAUCUCAAUGUGUUUCUUACCUAGAAAUGUACAGCAAAGCCUUAAUUGCUCUACCUUUGCAUGUUCUGUACUUCUUUGUAUACUACUCCUACUAGUCUAUCCCAAGUCACUCUUCUAAGUAACUUUUCUCUCUUCUGUCUCAUUAUGAUCAUACUUUUGAUCUUCUGACCUCCAGAUCUGUUUCAGGUGACCAAAGAAGCCCUCUCAUGGGGCCCUUUUCCUUUACAGAGAUCUUGGCCAAGAUGAAUGAUGGUGAUCGAGGCUAGAGGUUUUAGCACAGAUUAUACAAGGAUGUGAUGUCCUCUGGGUGUCUUAAGAUGCCUAGAUAUGACAGCAGUCUUGGACUAGGGACACUGUAUUACACAAAGGAUGCAGAAAUUGUUGAAAGAGGGAUUUACACAAGAGGACCCCACAGAAGUGCAAUUCUUUUAAAACUUGUCUCUUCAUUGCUUCAAACCAUUCUGGCAGCUGGCAAAGACAUCUCUUUUUUCAUAUUCAAAAGUAACCAUUUAAAGUAACCUAAAUAAACAGGAAUAUUAAUGCAACAUUCCUCUUAAAUGAAUAGCACUGUGUUCAUAUAGGGUGAAGAUAUUUGCAGUGGGAAUAGAACAAAAAUGGGCAGAUGAUCAGCCAUGUCCUUUUAAGGCACCCAUCCCAGGGGCUGCAUGAGAAUUGGUGGGCCUACACUUGGGGUAGGAGAUCCCCACUUUCUUCAGAGAGAAACUGCCUGGCCCUGUGGGAAAAGGAUGACACACUUCGCUCCAGCCCUUGCAUAGGGCUCCCUUUAAACUGCAGCACUAAGGCUGAGGGCUCUCCUCCUGCACUCCUACAGC